AUGCGAGCCGCUCUGCGGGAGCUCACACUGCCGGAGCUGUUGCGCGUCCUAGACACCCUUCCCGGUGUGAGUGUGACGGGUGCGAGAAGGCGUAAUAAGGCGGGACUCGCCGUAGAUGUGAUGAACAUGGGUGCGGAGGUGCAUGAGGCGAUCCGGACGGCGGUCAACGAGAAGAGGCAAGGUGUAUUACAAGCUGCUACACUACGCGACCCCACCGAGCGGUACAAGGCACUCACCGUGGACCAAAUAGUCGCUGCCCUUGAACCCGUUCAGCCCGUCCCUCCUCAUCUGAGGACUAGCAAGCGCAAGCCCGCCUUACUAGCGACCCUCGUUGAUUGUUCCCUGCCGGCGCGGGCAGCUCUUGAUGCCGCACUACAUUCGAGCAAGCGGGCGAGUACUCGGCAGCGGCGCGAACGAGAACACAGGCAACGCCAGGUGCAUGAUGGUGAAGGCGGAGGUGUGGACGGACACCAAACAGGAGCACAGGGCGACUCGGACGAGGCGAUGGUGGUAGAUGGAGAAGCUGGUGGGGAAGCUGGAGAGGAGGACUUCCUGCGUGCGCCUUCAAGUGAUGUCAUUCGCACUAGGCUACAAGCGUUCUAUGAUGCUACGAACAAUGCUAGUCUUAUGCUCAAGACAUGCGCCGUCUGCGCGCGCGAGCGGCUACAGACAGAGGCUGUUACGCGCACUGUCAAACUAUCAGAGCUUCCCAACCGGCACCGUCUUCGUCCUGCAAAAGCGCAUCCCGACCACAAUCUCAUUGACGGGUGUCUACUACUUCAUUCGGCCUGUUCUGGUACUCAAGGAAAGGACAUCGACGUGACUGUGUGCGCAGAGUGCUAUAAUGCGCUGACAAGAGCAUACGACAAGCCACCGCGCCUGUCCCUCGCCAAUGGUCUCUGGCUGGGCGAUGUUCCGUUCGAACUUCGGGGUCUCACACUCUCAGAGCAGCUUCUCAUAGCGCGUGUGUACCCGCGGGUGUUCAUCGUCAAGCUGAGACCGAAAGGUCGCUCCAGUGGGGAGGAGGAGCUCAUGCAGAAUGGUAUACGUGGCACAGUGACAUCGUAUGCCAUGCCGACCGAGCGCAUAGCAGAGAUGACAACCGGCAAUCUUAUGCCCAAACGACCUGCCGUCCUCGCCUCCCUCAUCUCCAUCGCGUACAUCGGCAGCGGACCCCUGCCAAAGGCAUGGCUCGCGAAAGGCUUCCGCGUCAGGCGACCGUACGUGGCACGAGCUCUGCGCUGGCUUAUCGGCAACAACCGGCACUGGGAGCGUGUUCGUCUUGAUGAAGCAGCGCUAGCGGCUCUACCGGAAGACGACGUACCAGAUGAGGUUCUGGCUAUCGUGCGGCAGGAGCAGGACGAGCGCAUGGCGGAGGGUGAAGGUGCAUCAUACGUUCCGGAUGGUGCAAAUGAUGAGGCAGCAACUGGUGAUGAAGAGGCCGCGGACGUCCUGCCGUUGCAAUACAAUGGUGUUCACGACAAUGAAGGGCAUGACCUGUCGAGCGAAGACAAGCUUCUGGCGGCAAUAGAUGCGGCUCAACGUGAAGGCCUGUUAGCGGAGAUGCCUUAUCAUGUUCGCCACACCCGCGACAUGAUCAUUGAUUUGCCUAGUGCACGCGAAGCAGCGGGUUUAGGAGACGUGAGCAUGUGGGAACAAGGCUAUCCAUGCUUGUUUCCUCGAGCGGAGGGUGGCUUUGAGCGCGUGAGGCCGGUCCCGAUACCAUUGAAGGAGCAUGUACGCUGGGCGCUGGAUUACCACGACCGCCGUUUCCGCCUCCACGAGUCCUUCCCAUUCUUUGCAUUCGGGAUAGAGCAGAAGCGAGACGCUCUUGCAUCUGCGCGGCUGCAGAUGGCGCGCCGAGACUAUGAGAAGGUCGCCGGUGUCCUCGCGACGAUUAGCCUAGACGACCUGAAGGUUGCUGCACGCGAGGAAGAGGGCGGGAAAUCAAUCAGUAGCCCGGCGGUGCGCUUGUUGCGGCGGCAUAUGCAGACGACCGGCGCGAAGGUCAUGGGCGCAGAUGGUACACGGCUCGCAUGGCGUAGCCAGAUAUGGUCGACGUCUAUCGCUCUCGGGCCACCGUCUCUGUGGGUCACCAUCAACCCGGAUGACCUGCAUGACCCCAUUGCGCAGGUUUUGGCUGGUCACGACAUAGACAUGGACCGGUUUUCAGCACUUCGAGGUCCAGAGAAGAGUGACCGGGCGUUGACCAUAGCGAAGGACCCGUAUGCAGCGGCGAAGUUCUUUCAAUUCUUAGUGGAAACCGUUCUCAAGACGCUGAUCGGGAUCGAAGUUACGCGUUCUGGCCGGAUCGUGAGCGAGGAGGGCAUCUUUGGGCGCGUCAGCGGGUACUUUGGAGCGGUGGAAGCGCAGGGACGAGGGACCCUUCACUUACACAUCCUGUUAUGGCUGUGCGGCUGUCCAUCACCCGAUCGAAUGAAAGCUCUGUUGCAGACGCCGGAGUUCAGAGCGCGCGUGACGAAGUACAUCGAGACUACCUUCCAUGCAUCCCAUCCGGUCCUUGACAGCGCGGCGUUGGCGUCUGCCCAUCCCAAGAAGCAUGAUGUUGCCUGGUCGCGCCCGCCUAACCCAUCCGCUGCGGACUACCAGGAGAAGAUGGACACGCUCAUCCUCGAUGUGGCGCGCACGAAGCAAGUCCAUGCAUGCACACUCGCGCAGUGCCUACGCGUCGACCGUCGCGGCAAAGUGACCUGCAAACGGCGCGCACCCUGGCCGCUAUCAGAUCAAGCGGUCAUCAACGCCGACGGGGAGUGGAAACCUCGACGGCAGUUCGCAUACCUGAAUAGCUGGACACCAGCACUCACGGCGGCAGUUCGCUGCAAUACGGACACGAAGCUCCUGACAAACGCGGCGGACUCGAACAACCUGACGUUUUACGUGACCGGGUACGUAGCCAAGAAGCAAGGGCGAUACCACAACAUCUCAGCACUACUUGCGGAUGGCCUCGCGUACCAUUUCGAGUCUGAUGCGUGGAAGGAGGAUCUGCAGGAGCGUCAACGGUUGCUUCUUUUCAGAGCCGUGAACGUCCUGAACCGGCAGCAAGAGGUAUCGGGAUCCAUGGUCAUGACGUACUUGAUGGGUUGGAAGGACUGCUUUCGGUCCCAUCGCUAUGCACCGUUGUUCUGGUCGUCAUUCGUCGGAACCAUGCUGCGCGACAGGCCCGAGUUACGGCGUUCUUCAUCCUCGGAGACUGAAGCACGGACCGACGACGGAGCCAGUGCGGGAGACGAGGAUGCACCGAGGGAGGAAGGAGGAGAAGAUACAGUACGAAUAACCCUCAAUGCGCAGGGUCGCCUGGCAGGGAGCAAUCAAGUCGACGACUACCGCCUGAGAGGUCGUGAGUUCGAAUCAUUGAAUGUGCUCAAGUACUUUCAAGAUACGUACGAAACGACGCGCCGCCCGGAGGAUACGGCGGAUUUGGAGCCGGAUGAUGAGGAGUCGCGUGGGCAAGGCCGGCCACGAUCGCGUAGGGUCUUCUAUCUGGAGGCGCACCCUCGCCAUGGAAGCAGCGCGCGUAUUCGGCGCACGACCGGCCACAACACGAUAACGAACAUCAUCGGUCGCCAACUGCCACGUCGAGACGAGGAGGAGUCGCGCGAGUUUUAUAGCGCCUCGAUGUUGGUUCUGCUCAAGCCGUGGCGCGAGAUAGCGGAGCUACGGGGCACCCAUCAGUCAUGGGCACAGGCAUUGGAGGAUUAUGUGCGUACAUGUCCGGAGAUCGAGCGGACGCUGUCGGCCAUCCAGCAUUAUCAUAGCUGCAAGUCAGCUGCAGAUCAAGCGAGGGAGACGGCGCCGCAAUACGAGGGAGAGGGCACAGCUGCCGAGAGAGAGCGCAGGCGAGGCGAGGACGAGUCGGAUGAGGAAGAGGGAGACGGUGCCGACGAAGUUACGGUGCCAAUCACAGAAGCGAUGAUUGCGGCCGCAGAGGCGGCAGGCGUGAAUGCUGACCUGCAUGAUCAUGGUCGACAGGCAGUAUUACUCGGACGUUCUGUUGGUGUCUUCAGCCCCAGAGAUUCGCCCGCUUUGCGUCCGCUCGCACCAGUCCGACAUGCCGAAGCGGAUGACGCUCGCAAUAUACUUGUUUGGCAAGCCGCGAUGAAACGCGCGCUGACAUCGGCGUCUCGUGGACCGGGUGGGAACGAUAGGGACGAGGAGGAGGGUGGCGACGUGUCGGUUGCAGACGGUGAAGCUGCUGCGCCCGCGCCGACGGUCAAGCAGUUGGACGCGAUCGCAGAAGAGGCUCUCACUGCUGUGGAUGUGCAGCACCUGCUACCCGACCAGCGGCGCGCGUUCGAGAUCAUCUCCGCACACGCAAAGAUGACGUUGGCGGGCAUGGCGCCGCCGCAACUACUCAUGCAAAUGCACGGUGAAGGCGGCACCGGCAAAUCCCGUGUCAUCCAGACUGUGACGGAGGUUUUCGCAGCUUUGGAAGCUGAUGACCGUUUGGCGAAGGCGUCGUUCACCGGAAUCGCAGCGUCACUGAUCGGUGGCAAAACCCUGCAUACAAUCGCGUCUAUCAAGGUUGGUAAGAAGACGGCAACGACAACUAAUUCUAAGCAGACCGCGUACUGGAGGUCCAUCCUGUACCUCGUCAUUGACGAGAUGUCCAUGCUAUCACGGGAGAUGUUUGAGCUCGUGAGCGCGCGCGUCUCUGCGGCGAAGGUAUCUGGUAAUCCCGCGGCGGCGGAUGCACCAUUCGGCGGCGUGAAUGUCAUAAUCGUGGGGGAUAACUUCCAGUUUCCACCAGUCGGGCGACCGAAGUCGGCGUUAUACCAUCCGGCGACGGGGAGCAACCUGAGUGACGGAGCGGCGAUUGGGCGGCGCCUGUAUGAACAAUUCGAGACCGUCGUUAUCUUGAAUCAGCAGGUGCGCGUUCGCGACGGCCGGUGGUUGGAGUUCCUGCACCGCCUGCGUGAGGGUGCAGUGUCCCGUGGCGAUAUAGAUAUGCUUCGCGAUCUAUUGAUCACGAAACCAGAACGACUAAACGAGAUGGACACACCCGAGUGGAGGGACGCCGUGCUGGUGACGCCUCGGCACGCUGUUCGCGUACAAUGGAACUCGGCAGCUGUCGAGCAGCACAGCCGUACAACUGGCCACCGGAUAUACGAGAUUCCGGCAUCAGAUCGUAUCGGCCGGCGUGAGUUGACGAUGCGGGAGCGUCUGGCAGUGGCGUUGCGCAAAGACGAAGGGAAGAACAAAGGGGAGGUCGGCGGUCUGCCUUCAUUAGUCGAAAUAUCGGAGGAUUGCAAGGUGAUGGUGACGUUCAACGUGGAGACUGAGCUAGAUCUCGCGAACGGUGCCCGUGGGACCGUGUAUAAGAUCCUCCUCCAUGAGGAAGAGGUCGUCGCGCCGAACGCGCGUCGGGUCCGCCUCCAGUACAUGCCGCGUUGCAUCCUCAUACAACUCGACCGAACAAGAGUCCCGCCACUACCCGGUCUCCCCCCUGGCGUCGUACCUUUCGUCCCGGCUAGACGUUCUUUCCAAAUCAGCAUCAACGGUCGUCACGGUACUGUACACAGGACUGUACAUCGCAGCCAAUUUCCAAUGACAUUGGCGUAUGCGUUUACCGACUAUCGCUCCCAAGGCCAGACGAUACCGCGUGUUAUCGUCGACAUCGCGACACCCCCGGGUCCGCGCACGGGCUUGAACAAGCUUAGCCUCUUCAACGUCUACGUGGCCCUGUCCAGGAGUAGUGGUCGUGACACUAUUCGCCUGCUCCGCGACUUUGACGAGUCGCAAUUCCAACGAUCACACGAUCCCGAUUUGCUUGCGGAGGCGAUUCGCGUUCGCAACCUGGAUACCAGGACGAAGCGGUGGUGGGAGAGGGAAAGGCUGCUGUGGCAGCGCAUGGGUCUGGUAUAG